AUUUCAACAGGAUAGGAAAUGGAUUUAGGUGAUUCUCUUUCUCUAAAUCUUUCUGGACCCCUGGGACAGAAGAAAAGCCCCCAAAGUUCACCUCGUUCCACUCCAUCAGCACUAAAUUUGAAGAGAUUUGACUCAAAUUCGUCCAAUAAGAGUGGAUUUUUAACUCCUGCUGCAGAAAAAAGUUCGCUUAGCACUGGGGGAAAUCACCUUGACUCACAAGGGGAUGUAUCUAAAGGUUGGGGCGGCAAAAUGAGACGACUAACAGCUAACAAUGCGGGCAUAUUUGGUAAUGCUACUUCUAAUGCAACUACCCGCGAGAGAGAUGGAGGAGGAAGAUUGUCCAUGUGGGGUGAACAGCUCCACGACAAACUAUUCGCUAAGAAGGACAUGAAGGACGUGAUGAGGAACAAGCUCAAACUUAACUUGAAGGACGAUAACAACGACACCCCUCAGAACUCUCACGCCGACAUAAACUCUAUAAUCGACUAUGAUGAGGAGGACAAACAACAGAUAACCAAAAACAACUUCGUUAGCGAUUUCAUCGAAUGCACAGCGUUCCGAACGUUCAUCCUUAGUACCAUCGUGAUCAACUCCGUCUUCAUUGCCCUGCAAACUGACAAAGAAAUGGAGCAGAAGUUUGGUUACCUGUUUUCGGCACUGGAUCAGCUCAUUCUCACCAUAUUUAUAUGUGAAGUUCUUCUGAAGUGGUACGGUGGGUUCUUUACCUACUGGAAGGUGGGGUGGAAUAUAUUUGAUUUUAUAAUUGUGGCGUCAUCUCUCAUUGGACCAAGUCUAACUUUCAUCAGUAACAGCAGAAUCCUGAGAAUCCUCAGAGUACUCCGUGCUUUCAGGAGUCUCCGCAGUAUCAGUGCACUGAGACCGUUACAGCUAGUUGUGCAGACGAUUAUACAGUCCUUACCAGAUAUGGCCAACAUCAUUUUGCUUUUGGUAAUCUUCAUGUUCGUGUUUGCUGUGAUAGGAGUCAGCUUAUUUGCUGCUGAUAGUCCUCAUUAUUUUGGGAGUCUAGAAACUGCAAUGUUCACCCUGUUUAUCUGUAUUACUCUCGACGGCUGGGUAGAGAUCUUUAACACGCUCAGGGAUAACCAGUUUCCCUUGGCAACCAUCUACUUUGUUAUCUUCAUUCUGAUCGGAGCCUUCAUUCUCAUUAAUUUAGUGGUUGCUGUUGUUGUCACAAACUUGGAGAGCGCGAUUGCUGAGCAGGAUGAGCUUGAUUUACAGCAGAUGCACGAGGAAAAGGGAAACCAAGAUGAUCACGGAGAGCUAUCAACCUAUGAUCUCCGGGACGUUAUCCACAAAAAGUUCUGGAAGCACCAAAAGCCAGUUGAAGUUCCGAAUCUACCGGCUUUAAACCCUCUAAAAGUUCAAAAUUACAUCAUUCUCGUCACUGCAUUUGAGGAUAAUUAUGCUGAGCUUGUGUUUUUAAAAGAAGAACUGUUGAAGAUUUCCAAAGAAGUCUGGGAGUGGAACUCAGUGGUAGAAGAUGAAGACGUCUUUACAGUCCCGUGCGCUGACGCGUAUGUCCCAUCUGUACAGACAACUAAAGCUAAGAAAUUACUGGAGGAGCAGGAGAAGAGGAAACCACCACCGGAUAAGGGACGAACUUCAAUAUUAGCUAAUCUGCUAACUAGAGCCUCAGUGAUAAUGACUGGAGACAGUGCACCAGACCCACCCAAACGGAUCAAAAGAAAGAGCACUCUCUCUAGCUCACAGAAUCCAGGAUACGUGCCACUAAAACCAUUGGUAGAAAUGGACGACUCAGACGGGGAAGAAGACGAGGAAACUGACCUGAACCUUGUUACAAGCCACGUGAUCAGUAAAGGGAAGGAGAGAGCAACCAAAGAUACGGGACUGGGGUACCCCACUCCCAACCAAGCUAUACCGAAUGUUGAGGUGGAUUCAGAUGACGAGGAGAGUGAUGAGGAGGAGGGGAUCCCGGUGAUGGCUAACGUGUAUGCAGAUCUACCUAGAGUCACUAAACAAUCCACCGCCAAUCUUAGAAAGGACAGUAAGACAAAUCGAGUACAGGCGUUGCGGGAGAGAAGACAAUCUCUGAUUGAAGAGUUGGAUAGGAGGGACAGGAAGGGAGACGUACUCAGUGACCUGAUCACCAUGAACAAGAAAACUAACAACUUUUCUGGCAAAUCCGGGAACAUGACUGAGUUUGUUCGUGGUGUGGAUUGGCUCCGUUCCAAAGUGAAGGGACCUAGCGAUGUUCCAGAGCGGAAACUAAAGUGGCAGGUGGAAGCGGAUAAGGAGAGAAAAAUUUCUGGUAUUUACAACCCAGCCAGACAAUCCAGUAUCACCUCUGACACCCUUCUGGAGCAUCACCUUUCUUAUAUUGCCGGUUCUACAAAUAGUCAGCUAGACGUAGAUACGGAGGAGGAAAUCCUUAAGACCGCCUCGCAGAUGAGAAGAGCAAGUAUUGCUUCUAUUGUCAGAAAUAUAGAAGAGGUUGCAGAGGGGGACAAAGAAGAGGUUGCUAGUACGGCAGAUCACGUUUUCAAGAAUUCCUCUCAAGACAAUCAAUAAAAUUGAGGACACAGCUUUGCACGGGCAAUCUUCUCUAAGCCAAAUUCAGAUUAACAUCAUACUUCGGAAACUUGUAUUUUUGAUAAAAAUAAGGUUACAUUUCUCUAGUAAGAUCAGACACUUGCUAGUAGGACAAAUUGUCUGUGAAUUUGGACGUAUAGGUUCGUCGAUAGCCUACUUGUGUUUCAAUCAAGCUAGGAUAUACAUUUAUAUAGAAGAGAUCCGCUUUUAAUUUGAGAAAAUGAUGACUCUCUUAUCAGUAUUUCUCGUGCACCAUGGCCCAUGCGGCCUGGAAUUUAGCUUAUAAUUAUUAAAUUUACAUUGUAAACAUUACAUUUAAAUUAUAAACACGAAGAUUAUCUAUUUAGAUUAUUUAUUUAGAUUGUUUAUUUAGAUUUAGCUUUCCAUGACAUUCACAUUUAAA